AUGAAAAAACCAUUAAAAAUACAAACUAUUAUAAUCCUUCAUUAUAUCAUCAUUAGGAAUACAAUUAAUUGUUAGAAUAUAAUACUGAAUGAUUAGAUACCCUAUAUUUAUUCUGAUUUAUAUAUAAAUAAAUAUGAUAUUAAAGAUCCAUAAUCUGCAUUCACAGACAUAAAAGUAGCAGAAAAAGCAAAUUUGGUUUUUAUAUCCGCAGGUUUUGAAGGUAUUUAUGUCUUUGAUGGCUUAAAUAAUUAACUAAUCUUCAACUAAAGUUCUUAAACUGAGUAUUUGUACACAAUUCAAGCUACUUCUGAUGGUGAAUAUGUUAUGUUUUCAAAGUAGAACUAAUUUAGUUUAUUUAAAUUUACAACUCGAUCUUAAUUAUAACUCUUGAGUUAAUGCGAUUUCCCUUCUACAAUUAUUAAUAUUCUUAUGGAAAAUUAAGAAAAUAUAGUUUAUGUUAUAGGAAUGUUAGGUGAUAUAGUCGCUUAUGAUAUUUCUAAUAAACAUUUUGUAAAAUUUAUAACUAAAUAUAGUUCUUAGCAAAGUACUAUUCAUUAAAGCUUAAUUACAAAAGAUAAUAAAUGGAUAGUUUUAGCAAAUGAUAUAUUAGGAACAUCUGUACUUUCGAUAUAAAAUAAUAAUAGUUAAUUAAAUCUCGUUUUAGCAGGAUAAGGUGUCAUGAUUUGGAAAGCUUGGGGUGCUGUUGUGUUAGAUGAUAACCAAUACCUUUAUGGAAUAGAUAUAUAUUCAGGAAUUUAUGUUUGCGAUUUUAACUAAAUUCUAUCAUCUGAUCCUAAUUAGUACCCAAUUUAAUUUAAUUUUACAUAUUUCUGGCCAGAUAAUACAUACUAUGUUUUUUAUUAACUAUAGCUAUCUAAAGAUAAUAAAUAUUUGUUUGCUGCAGUGCGUUCUUAUGGUAUAUUUAUAAUUGAUAUUUAAGACAGACUAAAUCCUAUACUAUUUCAAUAAAUACCUGUUGAUGGUUCCCCUACUUUCAUUGAUUUUUCGCCAGAUGGAAAAUUUCUUUAUUUUUCUAACUCUUUUAGUUUUUAUAUAUUUUAGCAAACAAUUCCUAACUUAAAUAACAAUUACCCCAAUUUAUUUAAUACUCAUUAGUCUCAACUAUUUGAUGAUGGAACUUAAGCUUUCUAUAGAUGGAGAUGUUUAUAAAAGAAAAUCAACUAAAAAUAAUAUAUAUUUUAAGCUUUAGAUUUUAUAGGAUUCAAUAUUUUAGAAGUAAAUGACCCUUACCAUUUAUCUUAAAUAUAUUUGUAUAAUAUUGAUGAAAAUACUGGUAUAGACAGCUUGGCUUUAAGUUCAGAUAACCGAUACCUUUAUCUUCCUAUCUAAGAAAAUAAUACCUCUUUCUUAGUUUUGGAUAUAUCUGAUAUCGAAAAUCCUACUGAAGCUUUCAGAUUGAGGCUACCCACACAAAACACUAACGAAGCCAUAUUUUUCUCAAAAGAUUACAAAUAUUUAGUUAGUUCAUUUGACCAAGGUAUAUUGUUACUCGACUCUUCUCAACCACCUUAAUUAUUUUUGCUUGAUUACUGGUAAAUGUAGAGUAAUAUGACUGGUGAAAACGCAGGAGUUAUGAUUACAAACAACAAUAGAUACAUACUUAGCACUAUUAGGGGAUAUGGUAUUUAUGUCUUAGAUGCUUCCAAUAAAACUUCUCUGUAAUACAAGUCUACCUAUUUGUCCACAGGUGCUGAAGGAAUCAUACCGUCCCUAUAUAAUGAUACCUUAGCCUUCCUUUUUGAUGGCUUUAAAGGAGUUGGAAUUUUAGACUUAAGAUUUUUACCUCAAAUAUAGUUUUUAAGUAGAGUUAAUUUUAAUGGAUGGGUUAAUUUUGUAUAACCAGUCCUAAAUGAUUAAUAUUUACUUGUUGCUAUUAUGGAUACUAGUAUGAUUCAUUUAAUCAAUAUUUAAGAUGUAACUAAACCAUAUGAAAUGUCUUAGUAUCAAUACUAACAAUAGCCAGCUUAUGCGCUAUGCUUAUCAGAAGACAUUCAAUUUGCUUAUAUAUUAGAUAUUUAAGGUAUCGUAAUUCUACCUCUAACCAGUUAAGUAGAAAUUCAUACUUAAAUACAACUUAUUACUAAUUUAGCCAAUGGUGUGUAAAUUCAAUAAAAUAUUCCAAAUGGGACAAAUCUUUUAGUAGGACAAAUCGUUUAGCUUAACUUCAUAUUAUUAUAUCCUACUGAUGGAAUGCUUAUUUAAAAAAUUUAAUAUUACUAUUAAUAAAAAAUAUAAGAUCUUCCAUAUUGGAUGUAAUAUUAAUCAGAAAAUUAAAAAUUAGUUAUAUAAGUUGAUAAAAGUAGCUUAAAUACUGACAAUCUAAAUGCUCCAAAUUUAAAUACAAUAUUAGUUACAAUAGCAAUACCUUUAUAAGUAUACUCAUUUUAAUACAACUAAACAUAAUUACAAAUAACUAAUAUCUAAGCCUCUAAUAUAUUUUAAUAUCUAAAAUAACAAAAUUUAAUUGACUCAUUAGGAUAUGUUACUGACAAAUUUGAUCAUUAUGAAUAAUUUUAUUUUUAGAUAGAAGGCCUAGAUUGUUCAUAACCUUUGUUUGACGCAGUAAAGCUUACACUACAACAGAGUACCUUUAUUAAUCCUGUUACAUUUUUUGUAGAAAAGUCACUCUCAUUAAAUAUUAAAGAUGAAUAAUCACCUAUUAAUUCUAUUUCUAACAAUAUUUAGCUUUUACUAUAGGUAAAUAGUAAUCAAGGUAAGUUUGUAAAAUAAGAUUUUAGUGGAGCAGUAGUUUAGACAAAUGAUUCUCAAAAUUAAAUUACAUUUCAAGGCUAAUUGAUAAAUAUUAACAAUAUACUAAGCCAAAAAAUAAUAUUUGCAAAUUAUUCUUCUUUUGAUUAAAUAUCUAUCAAUAUAACUGUGAUUGAUGGAGUAAAUUAUGAAUUGAAUGAAUAGAUUUUAUUAAGUGAUUGCAUAUUUAUAAAAUAAAAAUUAUAAAUUGAAAAUAAUCCACAAAUGUCUCUGCAGUCUUAAUUUAAUAAAGUUUACCAAUCAGGAAUAAUUAACAUAGAGCAAGAAUUUUCAGUUAGCUUUUCCUCAAAUUCUUUUAUCUCGAAAGAUAUUUAAAUUGAUUCUUAUAAAGCCUUAAUCUUAAAAGGUGAUGAAUACUAACCUUUUAAUCCAGAGGAUUGGAUUUAAUUUGAAAGUUCUUCUGGAAAUAUAUAUUUUCAUGGAAAUCCACCAAGCUCAACUUUUUAAAAUAAAUAUUACAUAAAAGUGAUUGCUACAGAUGGAUAUAGUUCUGCAUAUGACAUAUUCUAUAUUAAUACUUCAGGAGUAUCUUUUCAGUUUGUUGCUAAUUUAAUGCUAAAAAUAUUACCUCCUAUAUUUGCUCUAUUAGGCUUACUUAAAAAUAGAAGCAUUUUUUUUAAUAUAAGAUUUUAAAAAAAAGUAUUUUUUGGAAAUGAAAAAUGUACAAUAGAAGAGGUUAAAAUAAGAAAAAUACCAAUAUUGGGAGAUAAUAUGAUAAAAUGUAGGCUAUUAUUUACUAAUUUUUUAACAAAAAGCAGAGAUUCAGUUAUUGAAAAUAUUAAGACUAAAAAAGAAUAAGAAUAGGCAAGUUUAAAAAGUUCAUAAGAUAAAAAGUCAAAAAAUUUUUUAAGAUAAAAAUCUUAUACUCUUACUAAUUAAUUAAAGAUAACACUUGAAAAAACUGUAAUCAACCCUAGAAGCACUUCAUUUGAAAAGAAAUACCUUGAAAAAGACGGUAAUAUUAAAUAUUCAAAAAUAUUUAAAGAUAUCGUCAAAUAAAACGUAUAAUUCAAAUUAUAGAGAAUUAAAUAUGAUGCAAGCAAUUUUAUUAGUGACUUCAAAAAUAAAAAUUCAAUAAUCUAUAAAGGAAUUUCAGCAUUAUUAUCUCGCUAUCUAUUAAGAUUAGAUGUAAAAUCACGCUAAUUAUAUAAAUACUUAAAGUAUUAUGCCCAAAAAAAAUUAAAAUACUCUUAAAAUGAUUGGUAUAGAGCUUUUGUAAUCAUUUAAUCUAAUGAUGACAUAUAUGAUAAUGAGAUAAUGAGCCCAUUUCCAAAUUGCUCUCUUGAUAUAUAAUAAAUAAUGAUUGUGUUAUUAGAAUUAAAAAUUAUCAAAAAUACAUAAUAAACUUUUGAAUCAAUAAGCGAGUAAGGUUUAAAUCCUCAUUUAAUACGUGAAGUUCUGUUUGCAGAUGCACUUGGCUUAGUUGAAUAUUCUCCAUCUAUUUUUUAACCAUGUAUAGGUGAGUCCAUUCAUUUACAUUAGUAUUAAAUUUAAUCAAUAGAAGCUUUUUAGAAAAUAUAAAGUAAUAUCUGUAUGGGAUUAAGAAAAUUACUUAAUAUAGAGUAUGUGAGAUUUGGUGUUCAUAAAAAUAUGUAAUUACCGAAAUGGAUUGAAGUUGAAAAUAAAAAUGAUGUUAUCAUAAUAAAAUAUAGACCAUAUUCUUAAGACAUAGGUACUUUGCUGAUAAAGAUUUUCGAUACAGAUUCCUAUGUUAUUAAACAAUAUUUUUUAGAGGUUGUUGAUAAAAAAAACACAUAAAUAGACUUUUUAAAUUAAGAUUCAAUUAUUUAUUUUCAAACAUUUAAAUCUUUAGAAACACCUGUAAAAAAUAAUGAAAAGUUUUAACUUGGUUCAAGAAGUCUUAGACGUUCAUCAUAAAAAGACAGUUAAGUCCUAAAUCAAUUAAAGUCAAAUAGUUUUUCUUCAAGAAUUAUGUUUAAAUAGUCUGAGGUAUAAGAAAAAACAUAAAGAGACAACAUAUCAAAUUUACAUGAAGUUGAUUCUUAAAUUUUAAGCUAUAAUAACACAAAUACUUUAUCACCAAUAUUUUCUCCUGUUAAAAGUUCAUUUUUUUAGUUUCCAAAUAAAUAAAGUGAGUUUUAAAAAUAUUUAAAUACUUAAAAUGAAGAUUUACAACAAAAAAAUUUAUAAGAAUAAUAAUAAAAAUAAGAAUAAAUAUUAACAACAAACGUAGAAACCGAUAAUGCUUUAAAUAAUUAGGUAAUUUAAGAGGAAAGCUUAGAUAAAAGUUUUAAUAAAAAACCUCAUAAAGUUGAUAUAGAUGAGUUUAAAUGA